AUGAGGGAAAGCAUAUAUAAUUUAAUACCUAUAGAACAGCCACCUAAAGCUUCCUUACCAAGAUAUAAAUCAUGUAGCCAGAGAGAAGUAAUAUCCUUAUUUAACAUUAAAAAGUUUCCUUGUAAAACUAUGGGAGUCCCAAAAGUUAAUCCACCAAAUCCGCAAUGCUAUCUUAAGAUGAGGCACUCAGCGCCUGAAUUAUUUCGUAAAAACGACGAGCCGUUGAAGGGCAGCUAUCAUAAAUGUAACCUCUCAGCUAAAAGAGAACCCCUACCGUCUCUUAAAUCUAAAGCAAUAAACGUCGUUUCAUGCAAAGAUUUUAUCAAAAAGAAUAUAAGAAUGAUAGAAGCGUCAGUGCCUUCAAAACCCAAACCGUUUGUGGUAGAUACGAGGACAGGCCAUAAGUUUGAUAUCAAGUGUUCUGGUCUUGAGCCUUUUUAUAUUAAGCGUAAGGACUUCGGUGAAUUGCCGAAAUAUCUAUCUGAGCGUGAGAAAGCCGCUUCUGAAGCUCAAAAAAACUAUGAAGAAUACAUUAAACAACUUAAGGAGAAAAAUGCUCUGAUGGUUAUCACAAAAGAUGAGAAAAAGUCUUUAAUUGAUCAACUAAAAGACAAGUGGCAGCAAAGAUAUAGACAGUAUCAAUCUUUAUCCGUUAUGAUUGACACUCCCCCAAAAAUGCACCACAAAUUAUGGCUUGAAAAAGAAAUGGAAGAAAUAGAAAAAGACAUAAACCUCUUGGAAGGAUACGAUUAUAUUUACGUUGCCAAAUAA